GUGAAGAAGACAGAUUACACUAUUAUGUGUUACAUUGAAGCACAGCUGUAAUGCCCGCCAGCCUGCACGCACCGUCCCGCGUCCUGUGUGACAUGGUGACCGCGGAUGAAGUCGCGCAUUUGUGCUACGAGCGUUUCAACGCGCUUCCCCGAAGAGGGAAGCCUGAGCCGGGCAGAGAGUGGACCCUGCUGGCAGCUGUACUCAAAGUCACCCGGUGUGCUAACUCUGACACAGUUGAAAAGGAAGUCGUCUCACUGGGAACUGGGACCAAAUGUAUCGGAAGGACAGCUAUGAGUCCCAAUGGUGAUGUCCUCAAUGACAGCCACGCAGAGAUCAUUGCCAGGAGGGGAUGUAUCAGGUACCUGAUCCAGGAGCUGCACAGAGCUGUGAGCGGGGGUCAUAGCUCUGUGUUUUGUCAGACAGAUGAGCGAGGGAAAUGGAGGCUUCGGCCAGAAGUUUCUUUCCUCUUCUUCACCAGUCAUACUCCAUGUGGCGAUGCCUCCAUCAUCCCCAUGACUGACAGCGAGGCUCAGCCAUGUGCUGCUGUCACAUCUGUGAAGAGCCAUAAAGGAAUUGACGGAGGAGGAGCCUUGAAAAGGAAAGCAGGAGAGUUUAAUAAAAAGCAGAAGACUAAGCUGCUCUGUCUGGAGGAGCAGGAGACUGAAGAGACAACGCUAGAGGACAGGCGAGACUCAAGCACAUCACAGUCUGUAACCAUGGCUACAAUUUCAGCCACAUGUGAGGAUCCAUCACAGAGUCCUGUGGAAACGCUCUCACAAGCUUCAGCCAGAGACCCCUCAGAGUUGAGUCAUAUUGACAGCACUGGACUGAAUCUGCAGGUCCCAGACAUUCACAGAACAGGGGCCAAAUGUGUCUCUGGUGGACCAGCUGACCCUCUGCACCCUGGGGUGGGGUACCAUAGUACAGGGGUGCUCCGGGUGAAGCCUGGGCGAGGAGAGCCCACUCUGUCCCUGUCUUGCAGUGACAAGCUGGCUCGCUGGGGGGUGUUGGGCUUCCAGGGCGCACUACUGUCCCACUACCUGCAGGAGGCGCUGUACUUCAGCACCGUGGUUGUGGGGAAGUGCCCUUACAGCCAUGAGGUCAUGCAGAGAGCUUUGGUUACAAGGUACUCCCAUGUUUCAGACCUCCCUGCUGGUUUCUCGGUGUGUCCGCCAGUCCUGCUCCAGUCCAGCUUGGAGUUCCAGUUCAGCCAAGCCCAGACUGACCUCCGACACCAGGCCGGACAGGGACGUGUCUCCCCCUGUGGGGCAGCCAUCAGCUGGUGUAAUGUGGCCGAGCAGCCACUAGAUGUCACUGCCAAUGGCUACAAACACGGAGUCACCAAGAAGGCCCUGGGCACAGAUAAAGCCAGGUCUCUGCUAUGCAAACUGGAGCUUUUCCAUUCAUUCCGGUCUCUGGUAUCAGCCACUGACCCCUCAGCAAUCCCUGACUCACUCAGGACUGAACUGCAGACCUACUGGAGCUACAAGCAGGCAUCCCAGUCCUACCAGCAAGCCUGGCAGCAGCUACGCAGCCAGGCCUUCCCCCUGUGGCCACGCAGCGACAGAGACCUCCUGCUCUUUCACUGACCCGCCACCACC